CACUACAAACUUAAAAAAAAAAAAAAAACAUUACCCUAAACUUUUUUAUAAAAAAAAAGAAAAAAAAAGAAAAAAGAAAAAAGAAAAAGCAAACUCUCGAUCUUCUCUCCCCCAUUGUGCCUUAAUUUUCUCCUCUCCUCUUCCUUCCCAUCACUAUUUUGUUUUCGUUUUUGUUUAUGGCAGCUUUGAUUUUGGACCACCAAAAGCCCAACUUGAAGCAUUUCUGUAAAAUUUGCAAAAAGGGAUUUGGUUGUGGCAGAGCCCUUGGUGGUCACAUGAGGGCUCACGGCAUUGUUUCUGACGACUCACCAUCACCUUCCAAUAUUCUUGACGGCGACGAUCCUGAUCCCGAUCCUGAUUUUCCUCAUAAUCAUCAUCAUCAUCAUCAUUCUUGGGACGACCACCAUAAUAAACCCAUUAACCGCCGUAUGUACGCCCUUCGGACUAACCCCAAUCGCCUCAAGACAUGCCGCGUUUGCCACAAUUGCGGCAAGGAGUUCUUCUCUUGGAAAUCCUUCCUCGAACACGGCAAAUGCACCAUCUCCGACGACCCCGACGACUCCAUUCUCUCCUCCCCGCCUUACUCCGACGACGACGACGACGACGAAGAUGAAUGCACCGCCACCCCCCGUAGAGCCUCCGGCAGCAAUAAUAAUAAUUGGUCCAAGCGGAAGAGAUCGUUGAGAGUGAAGGUCGGCUCCCCAGCUUCCAACGAAGAGGAAGACCUUGCGAAUUGCCUGAUGAUGCUGUCGAAUGGGCGGGUGGUGGAGCCGAUGUUGAUGGAGGGGGACGCAGAGGCAGAGGCGGAGGCAGAGGAAUCUUGCGCUUCCGCCAGCAAGGAUGAUCAUCACCUUCUUCUUCAGCAGCAACAGGAUCAUAACCAUCAUAGAAAUUAUAAUUACAAUAACAAUAAUAACAACAUUAGGAAACCCAUAAACUUCAUACCCCCAAUUUCGUACAGACUUCCGGAUACAGAGGAAGAGAACAACAACAACAAGGCGAAAGGAACAGUGGGGGCCGGGAAGGGAAUGUUCGAAUGCAAAGCGUGUAAGAAAGUAUUCAAUUCCCAUCAAGCUUUGGGUGGCCAUCGGGCUAGCCAUAAGAAAGUCAAGGGCUGCUUCGCCGCACGCCUCGAUCACAUGGACCUUGACGCUCGUGAAAACGACGACGUUUAUGAGGACUCUCUUUUCCCCACUAAAACCAACCACAAUUCCUCCUCCUCUGCCUUCCACUACGAAAACCCCAUGGCCUCUGUUUCCAAAAGGAAGACCAAAGUCCAUGAAUGCUCCAUUUGUCACCGAAUCUUCUCUUCCGGACAGGCUUUGGGUGGUCACAAGCGUUGCCAUUGGAUCACCUCCAAUGCCGCCGCCGCUGCUGCCGCAGCCGAGGCUCCAAAGUUUCACGACAAAAGGGUCGUGACCCCGGCUCCGGCUAAUUUCAAUUCAAUUACAGCUAAUUCACAACUUGUCCUCCCAUUGGACCUGAAGUUGGAUCUCAACCUCCCCGCUCCCGCCGACGAGGUUCGGAGACCGGCGUUCGAGGUGUCGACGGAGAUUCACUUGCAGUCGUGGGCGUGUACAAACGACAAGGCGGAGGAAAAUGAAUGCGAUGAAGAAGAGCAGAAACAGGGGAGGGAGAACAAAAUGAUGAUGAAGAAUGAAGAAGAAAACAAGGGAAACAAGAACAGCAACAUUGUGAAUAAUGAGGAUGUGGAGGAAGAGGCGGAGAGUAAGGUGAAAUUAGCAAAACUUAGUGAGCUAAAGGAUAUGAACAUGAGUGCAGGGAAUUCUUCGCCAUGGUUGCAGGUGGGAAUUGCUUCAACAACUCAUGUCGUCACACCUGAUCCUUGAUAUAUAAUCCUUUUUUUUUUUUUUUUUCUUUUUUUUCCCUUUUUUUUUUCACAUUUUUUCAUUAUAAUGUGCAUUUUUGUAUAACAGUAAAUCAUACCAAAUUUACAACUAGAGGA